AUGUCCGAGGUGGCUUUAAACAGCCCGAAGGAAGGGGAUAAGGGAGGGGAUAAGGGAGGGGAUAAGGGAGGGGAUAAGGGAGGGGAUAAGGGAGGGGAUAAGGAAGGGGAUAAGGAAGGGGAUAAGGGAGGGGAUAAGGGAGGGGAUAAGGAAGGGGAUAAGGAAGGGGAUAAGGAAGGGGAUAAGGGAGGAGAUAAGGAAGGGGAUAAGGGAGGGGAUAAGGGAGGGGUUAAGGGAGGGGAUAAGGAAGAUAAAGGAGACAACAGGGAGAAGCGAGGGAAUAAGGAAGGUACAGGGGAUACGGGAGGGUUUAAGAGCGGUGCAGAGUUUCGGAGCAUGCAGGGCGAGCAGCAGCAGCACUCUAGCUGGAGUGAACGCAGCAGUACCACUCCUUUCAGCCCCACUGCUGCUAGUGCCAGGCCCAGAAACCCCUCUAGAAGCAUCUUCGCUAAAAGCCCCACCGCGAAAAGCCCCAAGCAUCUUCGCUACAAGCAAAUUCGCUAA